AUGGCAAACGCUCUUCUGGCAUUGGACGUAGAUGUCCAGCUGAUGAUUCUCGAAGUGCUGAGCAAGAGUUCCCCUAAAACCCUGCUGAAUGUUGCGCUGAGCUCUAGAUCAUUGUCCCACUUUUCAAGGAGCUUCAUUUACCGUGUCAUUCAUUUCACGUUCAACCGUAGCAGGCGAGAUGUCAACGGACGACUUGUCAAACAGCUGUUGACUGACGACGAUUUGAGCGCCAAAGUUCGAGAGAUACGUAUCCUCUGGGCUCCGUCCGCCAAACUCCAACAUGGGGAAGGUAGCAAGGAGGAUCUUGAACUGCUCGGUCGAGCUUUACCAAGAUUGACUGGGCUGAAGACAUUCAUCUGGGACGCCCAGUACCCUAUACUGUCCUGGCUCCUAAAGACCCUCCAAACACACCAUCCGCAAUGCUUGUUAUAUACCCGUCAUCCCGGGAGUCAGGAUUCGGCCCAGACUCUGCCACGCCUAUGCGCCUCACCUUGUCUUUUCUCUUUAGACGUAACACUUACAAGUGGACAGUAUCAAGCUUUCACAGAACUUAAGAAGGUACUCUCCUCUGCUCCAAAUUUGCGCGACCUUACGAUCGCGUCCGCUUUCAACAUUCCUCGCGUUUCACCAGACCAGGUGCAAGGGGAGCCCCAAAUCCUUCUGCUUAGAUCUCUUGAGCUUUACGGCCCCAUUUUCGGCAUCGUCAAACUCCCAAUCGCUUGGCAAAUGUUGGAAAGACUGUCCUUGGACAGUGUGUCUUACCUUCCAACGUUCAUGCCGGACUUUGCUGGGCUCAAAUCACUUCUGUUGCGAGCCGGAGACUCUGGUGAUAACAGUGUGCCUUUGGGCAUUGUUUUGCAAGAAUGUAAAAAGCUUGAAGUCCUGGACUUGACUGGAUUCACCUCCUGUAUCCGGAUAAGCGAGGAAGACUUGUGGGAAAACGCUGGGAAGACAUUGAUCAAGCUGAGGCUGCAUGAAGACGAAAAUGUAGGCAGAGGGGGUGAAAGACUUGUUUUAUCCUUCGGGGACAUGGGACGCAUAGCAAAGUAUUGCCGCAACCUGCGUAGCCUCGGUCUUGAUAUUCAAUGUAACGGGCAAGAGUGGGUAAGUCCGAUAUCCCACGUCGUCAUAGCCUCCAAUGUCAAGCUGACGGCAUCUACGGCCAUAUACAAUGCUCAAAUACAUCGCGGAUGA